AUGGAUCCAUCAAAUUCUAGUUUCAAUGUUGGUCAAAAUCGGCCUGAUAAUAGUGUAGCUUCAUUUGAUGUUGAUUUACUGGAUUGCUCUAUUUGCUUCGAUCCUUUCAAAUUUCUUAUUACACAGUGUGAAAAUGGUCAUACUACUUGCUCUUCGUGCUCCAACAGACUUGAGAAAUGUCCUUAUUGUGAAUUACCUAUUGGGGUUAUGCGGAACUUUGCAUUUGAAAAACUCAUUGAGUCGGUAGAAUUUUACUGUCGAUACAAGGAUAAUGGUUGCACUGAAAUUAUUAGUCAUGACAACAAAAUACACCAUGAAAUUAUCUGUUCAUUUGUUGAUUGUUCAUGCCCUAUUUCAAAUUGCGAUGUCAUUGGUUCAUCUGACUCUAUUUAUGAUCACUGUAAAAUGGUGCAUAAUAAUUCUGUUACCAUCUUUGAUUUUGAUAGCAUUUUUGUUGUCUCGUUAAAUUUAAAGUCAGAGUCGUUUGUUGUUCUACAAGAGAACAACACCAAUGCUGUUUUUAUUUUGAACAACUUAUCAGAAUCUUUUGGAAAUGUGUUAUCAUUAUGCCGACUUGGACCGUCUUCAAGUAGCAGAUGUCAUUAUGCAAUUGAAAUACGAGUCGGUCAAUCAAGCAUCAAGUUUGAAUCUUCCGUUGACAAUAUCCAAUCUGUUGAAGCUUAUAAUGGAUCCACAUUUGGGCUACCUCUUGAUAUAAAAAAUAUAUUUGUUUCUGACUGCUACACGAUAUUGCAUCUCACUGUGUCUCCUGAUGCUGCAAUGAUUCUAGAAGACGAUUCAGAUGAAGAGAUGUAA